AAGUAGGCCCAGCUUCGUUGGCAUUGACAUUUCUACAACACAAACAAUAAUUUAACAGUCCACCACUUUCACCCUAUAACCAUUCUUUCUCUUCUUCUCUUCUCUUCUCUUCACAAACAAAAAAAGAAGAUCAAAUUUCCAUGGAGAGUAGUUGUAAUAGUGAAGAAUCAAGUGCAAUAGUAGCCACAUUUUCAAGAAAAGAUAAGAAUGUGUGUAAAAGGCAAAAAAGAAGAAGAGAAAGUGGCUAUAUUGUUAAAAAUAAUGAAGAAGAAGAAGAAGAAGAAGUGGAAGAGAAGAUUUUGGCAUUGCAAAAAAUAGUACCAGGAGGUCAAACACUUGGAGUUGAUAGGUUAUUUGAAGAAACUGCUGGAUAUAUUUUGCAAUUGCAAUGUCAACUUAAAGCACUCAAAGUACUUGCUAACUUUGUUGAAGGAAAUGACAAACAAAGGAUGAAACUUGGAGGUUAAAAUUGUCCCUUUUUUUUUGGUACAUUUUGGUUAGUAAUCAAAGAUCAACUUUAGUUUUUUUUUUUUUGAAAAAUUGUUUUUUGUUUUGUUUUGUUUUGGAGCUAAGGAGAAGGGCUAGUGAAAAUUAAAAACUAUGCACCUUUGUUCAAUUGUUUGGUUAUCUUAAUUUCUGUCCUUUUUUUUUUGUUAGGGUUGGGGUGGGGGUAGAGAGAUCUUAGAGAUUUCAAAUAGGAAUUAAUUUUCUUUUAAUUAAAUUUAUCAUAAUAUUGUGUUACUUUGGAGGAAUAACUAAUAGGAUAUGUAUGGAUUUAUAGAGAUUUUGAGAUUUAUUUAGUAAAUGAAGAUAUAAAUAUUACUUAUCGCGGCAA